CACCAACGUGAUAACUGGGAUUACAUCAUAUUAAGGUGCAGUGCUGUAUCAGGUGAUUAUGGCAUUUCCAGGUCACAAUUCUGACCUGUUUAGGUGGAGAAGAGUUGGCUCGGCAAACAAGAUUCACGUAAAGAAAGGUGAUAUUGAUCAGUGGAAGAAGCGAGUGGAGAUGGCCUCAGAGUUUGCUGUGUCGGAAGUCUUCUCACACAAAAAACCUCAUUCAGGAAUCAGCAGCCUAGCUGUACCAUUGCAAAGCACUGAACAGCUGAGAGAUCAUGAUGAGGCUUACAGUGAAGCUCAGGCCCUUUUAGGUGACUGGCUGAGUAAUAAGCUGCGGCUGGAGUUGGAGUUGGAGGAUGAAGAUGACCUGAUGUGCUCUGCUGAGAGGACAGGCACAGCUGCAUCAGCUAGUGCUGUGCCUGCUGCUUUAAACUACAACAACUUUGAUGAACUCUAUAACUGCCUUGUCGAGGAAGAAGAGCAGUCAGCUGUCAAAGGCUUCCUACAAGACCUCAUGGAGCAGGAGCUGUUGGACUCCAGGAUGAUGGAGGAUUUGGCACUUGAUGCUCAUCAAACCAGAAAAAGAUUUAGAGACCCGAUCAUUACCAUGGAAGCCCGACACCAACAGGUGCGAGAAAACAGGGCCCAACGGGAGGCUGAGAGACAGAGGCAGCAGAGAGAGAGGGAUGUCCUACGAGCUGCCAGAGAGGAGGCGAAGAAGAGGGAACAAGAGGAGGAGAUGAGGAAAAGGCAGGAGAAACGCAGGCAGGAGGAGAUGGUUCAGCAGGAGAUGGUGAGGCUGAGGCGGCAGAUGGAAGAGAGGAGAGGCCUGGAACAGACUGUUCGACAGAGAGAGAGAGGAAGAGCAGAAGUGCAGAUCACAGCCAGAAACCUCCAUUCAGCUCCAACACCUCUCAUUAAACAACAGCAUGAGGACGCUAAGCGACUGUAUCAAGAACAAAUGAUUCAAAGAAAGGUUCACAUUAACAACCUUAAGUGUCUGCAAAGGCAUUUCUCUGGGUGGUAUUCAGUCGUGCUGGACCGAAGGCUACGUAUGGGUAAGGCCAAGGCUCUCUAUGACUGGAAGAGGCAGCUAAAAGCAUGGCGGGCGUGGCGAGCAGUGAUGUGGGCAGAACGAAAGCAGCACGAGGUGGCAAGAACAGAGGAAGCACUGCGAACCGAAAGCAGACAGUGCCAGCUGGCUGCUGAAAGUGACCGAAGGCGGUUGCUACGGCGAUGUCUGAAUGAGUGGCAGCUAUGGUGUCGGACGGAGAAGGAACAACGUGAGCUUUUGGCCCGGCAGCAGGAAAUCAAACAAAAGAUGGCUGCUCUAAUCAGUGCUGCAUCAGCAGGCAAACUCAAGGCCACAGAAAGUCUGGCUUAUCGGCCAAUAAUGGCCCCACCGGAGGCACCAAACCGGACCACAGAGAAGGAAGAUCGCUACAGCUCUGACACUUUAGCCCCCGAGACCUCUGCACUACCUCAGGAAAAGAACCCUAUGAUUACUGCAGCCCGGCCCUCUCAACCGUGGCAGGUGACCCGACGCCAUGCAGCACCCACAGCUGCUGAGCUCCACAGGGCAUGGCAGAAAGAGGAGGAGGGUGGUGCCUGCACCCGUUCGGUAUUGGUAUCACCAGGCAGCAGGUUUGAAAACAGACAUGCUGCCCAGAAGCAGAUCAUCGCACAACAGAGGAAGCUGCUGAAAGAGCAGCAAGAGCAAAUUACCCGGCUGAAGCAGGAGCAGAACAUGAGGGGCUUGAGGCUGGAAAUGGAGAGAGCUGCAAAAGUUACCCAGUCAACAAUGCUUGGAGGCUUGAGACCAAAGACUCGCAAUAUUGACACCAAGGUGGAGAGGGCACCGAGAGGGACUGGAGAACCUGACAGUCAGAGUGCACCUUCAAGCAAAGCUGUCACGCUGCAGACAUGCCCCCAUCCACUCACCACAGCCAUGGAGGCCCGAGCACGUCAGCGAGCAGAGCGAAGGAAGGAAAUUGAGGAACUCAAGAGGAAGAAAGAAGAAGAAAAGCUGGCUCAGAUGAAAGCCGGUGAAGAGCUCAGGCUGAGGGAGGAGGAGGAGGAGAAACGCAAAGCAGCAGAAAGACGUCGGGAGGAGAAAAGGCUGGAAAGAGAGAGAGAAGAGGAGAAACAGAGACAACUGAAAAGGCAACGGGAGCUGAUGGCACUGGCCCGCCAACACCACUGCAGAACGUUGUUGCUGCGGCGGGGCCUGGCGCCAUGGAAACGCCUCAUUCAGCUCAGACAAGCCAGUGUGGAGCUGGCUGAGCGUCAUCACACUUUCAUCCUCCUGAAGCAGUGCACAUUAGGCUGGCAGCAAUCAGCAAGAGAGUCUGUGUCUGACAAAGAAGCUUGUGCUGACCAACUGCACCAGCACUUUUUGCUUCGGAGGAGCUUAACCUGCUGGAAAAGGAUGAGAGACAUACAGAUAAUUCAGGAAGAGCGAGCCGAGCGCUUCUAUCGCACACGCACUCUGAGGAGGUUUCUGCUGGCGCUGCUGGACCACGUGACUCAGGAGAGGCUGGUGGAGUGGGAGCAUCAGGAGCUGGCUCUGGAGCAUAAUGAGAGACGAGUGCUGCGGCAAUGUUUCCUGGCCUGGAGGCAACUUCCAUGUUUGCUGCGCAAGGAAAGAGAGAAGGACGAGCGGAGGGAGAAGCUGUGCCGCAAAGUGACUGAGGUUCUCCCGGAUUUCUGCUCCCAUCCACUGUAACGCCUCUGGGAAGACCGACA